AUGUCGCCGCCAAGCUUUGAGUGGCACCCCGUAGCGCUUCUUCGCGACAAGACGCCAGAAUAUCCCGGCCCCGCCGAUUUCGCGCUCAUUGUGCUCAACCAGCCCGUGAAGCAGACUUCCGUCUUUGACUCGCUAUGGACCAACGCUCUCACGCGAGUCGCAGCGGAUGGCGGAGCCAACAGAUUGCACGAUAUGAGCGAGACGGCUGAAGCCCGCUCUCAUCCACCAUUAACCAACCUCGAUGUCAUCAUCGGUGACUUGGACUCCCUCCGCCCGUCCGUCAGGGACUACUACACGAAGCUGGAGAAGCCGGCCGAGGUGAUACACGACCCCGACCAGUAUUCGACAGACUUUGGCAAGGCCGUCUCGUGGAUCCGCUCGAACCACGGGCCAAACACUGACAUUGUCGCCCUCGGUGGGCUGGGCGGCCGCGUCGACCAGGGUCUCAGCCAGGUGCACCAUCUGUACCUCUUCCAGCCGGGGCCCGACUACGCCCAGGGCAAGCUGUACCUCGUGUCGGGCCAAAGCCUGACGUUCCUCCUGAAGCCCGGCCGCCACAGCAUCCGGGUCCGCGAGGGCGGCGACGAUGUUUUUGGCAAGCACGUCGGCAUCCUUCCCAUUGGGGGUACCAGCCACAUCACCACCAAGGGUCUCGAAUGGGACGUCGAGAACUGGGAGACCAAGUUCGGGGGCCACGUCAGCACCAGCAACCACGUGCUACCCGAGACGGAAGUGGUUGAGAUCGAGACGACGAGCACGGUGCUUUUCACUAUUGCCCUUGCGGGCAUCGAAUAG